AGCUCGCCGAUGUGGGGAACGCAAAGCCGGUUGCUGUUUGUCGUGUGGUCGGGUCGUGGUCCAGGCUGUCCAAUCGGCGAACACCCCGUCUUGACUACCUAUGCGAAUGGGAAAAUUGUGGCUUGCUCGAUUAGCACGUGCACGUGUCGACAUCCAUGUGCAGCUGUAGGCUAAAGCCCUAUUCCGCCUCACUUGGCAAGAUCAACAGCGUCGGCACCUCAAAUGGCUUGAGUCAAGAAGAUCUCUGUGAAAUCGACUCAUGACUGGGUUCUGAACUUGGCGAGGAUCAUUCAAGAAGCAGCAAGGAAGUGGCACGGGGAGGCGCAAUGCCUUCGGGUAGUCAGAUGCAAAGCAGCCAGCAGGCGCAACGGCUCAAGGCAUUUCGCGAGCUCCUGGACCCUGCCGAUCUUCUACCCGGACACAAUGUCGCCGACUUGUACAAGCUGAGGCAUCUCUGCCUUCAAGGUGGUGGUCUGCCCGAGGGCACCUCGACCUCGUCGGCCUCUACCCCGGCGUCUUCUUCUUUUGCAGCCUCGAGGAGCUCCGACGCCUGGCUUCGGGCACAAGCCUGGAGAGUGCUGCUCGGGUACCUACCGCCAGAGAAGCUCGAAUGGAAGCAGGUUCUCAAUAAACGACGUGGAGAGUACUAUCAAUUCGUGGCCGAUUUUCUCCCAUCAUCACAAGACGUGGGCACCCAGCACGGCUUCCCCGGCAAGCUCUCUGAGAGAGAUGCGCUGCUGGACCAGAUCUAUCGCGAUCUGUCUCGCUCUCGCAAGAAUGCCUUUAGCUUCUAUCGCGCACCCGUGGAACCCAGCCGGUCCUGCCCAUUGACACCCGCACCUGCGUCGGCCCAGGGGGAGCAGGCCGCACCGAGGUUGGAACAGAGGCUGUCGCUCCUCCACCGUCUUGCGUCUAUAAAUGCAGACUACGCCGAUUCACUGGCCCACGAGGCCCUUUCGAGACGACCUGGGACACCAUCAAAGGCAUCUGAUACAUUACACUCCCACCUCUCGCCUCCCAACAUGGCUCGUACACGGAGCAACGGCCGUGGCCGUGCACCGGCCGCCAAGAGCCCUUCGAUUGUCCUCGAGCCGGCGAGUCCGGGUACCUCUGAGGGACCGUCCGAGUACUUUGAGGAAGAAGACGAUUCCGGCUUCGUGAGCGCCGAAGACAACAGUCACCCAUCGCCGCCUUUGGCACCGAGCAGAGACCACCAUGACGGGGACAGAACCAGUGAGGAUGCCAUCGUCGACCGGCGUUGGCACUCGCUCCUGCGCAUCCUCUAUAUAUAUGCACUUCUCAACCCGAGCAUCGGCUACGUGCAAGGCAUGAACGAGGUGCUCUUCGUCAUUCUCUACGUCAUGGGCACUUCGUCUCACCUGCCAUCUGCCGCUGCUGCCUCGCCUGCCGCUGCCUCUGAUGCUGAGCAAACUGAAGAGGAGGAUGCGACAGAAUCGCUGCGCUACGUCGAAGACUCCAUCGACUCACCAAUUGCGCAUGCCGAGGCCGACGCCUUCUGGUGCUUCUCAGCCUUGAUCGGUGAAGUUCGUGAUCUGUACGACUUUGACGGCGUCGACCAUGGAACUGCAGGUCUCAGGAUCAGCAAUCGAGGGACCAGCGAGGAGGCGCCGCACCUCGAUGACAGUGGCAUGGCUGGGGCACUCAAGAGGUUCAGCCUCCGUCUCAAGUGGCUCGAUGAAGACUUGUGGAGAUCCAUGCGCAUCCACUCUCUGGAUCCUAGAAUGCCAUACUACUCCUUCCGAUGGCUCGCUUGCCUCAUCAGCACCGAGCUCUCGCUACCCUCGGUCGUUCGCGUGUGGGAUGCCAUCUUGUCGGAGACCAACGAGCCAACCGGCAUUCCUGGUUCCUCUACCGCCAAGGUCGAGUUUCUCAUCGAUGUCUGCUGUGCGCUGUUGAUCCACGUGAGGGGCCAGAUUCUCGAUGCCAUCGAGGAAGGCGAAGACGACGGCGACGAUCAACAUGACUCGUUCUCCAGGACCAUGACGGUGCUACAAGCGUACCCCGAUGGUGACGUUGGUCCGAUCCUGGAGCUGGCGUCCCUCUAUCGACAGCGGCGUAUGGCGUCCCCGCUCACCGGUGACGGCCCACCGACUGAAGACGACGAGGAAGCAAUCUUGACGAUGCGCCAGCGAGCAGCGAGGGCAGUCCGAGGGUGGACAGCGACGUCGACUCCGUCCCGACCCAGGUGGCUUUCUUCUCCGCGGCAAGCGCCAUUCGAAAGCCCUUCUUCGUCGUCUGCUGUUUCCACACCAUCUCGCUCACCGGGCGCUGUUCUGCAAAGGUACGCAGACGCCCUGCAAAGCAGUGAUGCUGCCGCGAGCUUGAGCAAGGCUAGCACAAACUGGACCGCCAAAGCCAUGGCCACUUGGGGCGAGAGAGGAAACGGGGAACGAGCAGGCAGAGACGCUUCGCCUUCGCCCGUAAACACCGACGGGUCGAGAACGACCCUCUCCCUCCAGUCGCUGUUCAGCAAGGCUCGCUCGCCCAGCACGAGCAGCACGAGCGCGCAGUCCCAGGCCUCCAACAGCCCGAGCCAGAGCGUCCACCCAGCCCUUCGAUGGUCUAGGGACGGUAUGCCUGAUCUUCCGAUUCCCAACGUGGAGGACAGCCCCGUUGGGAGCCAAGAGUACGGGUACGGCAAGAGGCCCAUCAGCACGUUGCUGGGCAGGGCCGCUGGUGGCACUGCCACUGGCACUGGUGCAGGGUCAUCGAGUCCAAGCAACAGCACGUCGGGAAGUCCAAUGAACAGCCCGACACUGGCGUCUUCCGGCCGAUUCGGUACGCUGCCUUCACUACAGGCUGGUCUCAGGCAGACCAGCAAGAGCAGCGCCGGCCCAAAGCCACUGUUGCUGCGGACCGCUGCUCGACCACCACGGGAGGGCAGCAACAACGGAAGUGCCGAGCCUGAAGAGCAGAGCCGCAUCGUCUCGAGCGGGCCACUGGCUGCCCGCAAUGGUCGACGCCGCCGCGCUGCCGGGGCAUCGACGGAGAGGCGAGGCAGUGGUACGGCAUCGGUCACAAGCAGCGCAAUGGACGGCGCUUCUGAGAGCGGCGGUGAAUCGAACAGCGUCUCGGCUGCGCCAGCGUCUGUCAAUGCAACGAUGCCGCGCAGCGUUGCACCGGCGUCUACCUCCCUUCCGGGAGAUGGCGAUGAAGCCGGAGCAGACGUGACUUCCAGCAGCGGUGGGGGUGGCAGAGGCACCGUGCCCGUCUCGGCAUUCUCCAAGAUCCGGACGUCCAACAACGGCGACUUGUCCAUCGACUCCGACGAGGUCUCUUUGAAGCCAGUAUUUGGUCAGGUGGCCAGCAGCGCAGACCAGCCUCUGAACCAGAAGAAGCCUUCGCUGCAACGCGGCAUUCGGCGCAAGGACACUCUUCCACAUCCUCCGACAGCUCGGUGCAGGACAAGACGAGGACGCGGCCAGACUCUGUCUUUGAGCACCCACGGGCCGCUCCAGCUCCGCCCAUCAAGGAAGAACCGCCCAUCGCUUCCUCAUCGCCGGUCACACCCGUGGGUGACGUGCACCGCUAUGAGCUCUCGGACGAGCCGGCAGUUGCCACUGUGUCCGCCAAGCCGCUGGCCGCUCGCACUCCCAGCGGAAGCGGCAUCGUGAGGAACAAGCGAACGUUCUCUUCCAAAAGAGGAAGUAAGCGGACCACGGGCGAUGGCGCCGAGCUAGGAGCGCUGACGGUGAACACGUCGGCUGCCGAUGGUUCGGGUGCCUCGUCUGCUCUGCCUAGUCCUGGACCUGGAGCGGGCGAGACGAUGACAUCUGCCG